CCACAGAUCCCUUUCUCUUCUUCUUUUCAAGAUUAGAGAGCGUGUGCAAAAUGAGCGGGCGGAUCGUGAGCCAAGAGGAUCCGGUGCAGUCGGAGCGGCACAGCGAGGCGGGCAGCGUUGCACCGCCUUCGAAGGUGGGCGUGCCGCCGAGGAAGAACGCGUGGGAGGACUUUAAAUCUGUGGUGAAUGAGACUUUCUUCUCCGAUCAGCCUCUUAGGCAUUUCAAGGACCAGCCCAAGCGCAAGAAAGUUGCUCUCUUUGUGCAAGGCCUCUUCCCUGUGUUCCAAUGGGGACGGGGAUAUAACUUUAGUAAGUUCAAAGGGGACCUCAUUGCUGGCUUAACCAUUGCUAGUCUUUGUAUUCCUCAGGAUAUUGGAUAUGCCAAGCUUGCCAAUUUGCCAGCUGAAAAUGGACUUUAUAGUAGCUUUGUCCCACCAUUGGUCUACGCCGUGAUGGGAAGUUCUAGAGACAUCGCAAUCGGCCCGGUCGCCGUCGUGUCACUUUUACUUGGAACACUCCUAUCGCAGGUAUACGACCCGGUGAAAGAAGCCGAAGAAUACAAACGGCUAGCUUUCACGGCAACUUUCUUCGCCGGAGUAACUCAGCUAGCUCUAGGCUUCCUCCGGCUAGGAUUCUUGAUCGACUUUCUAUCACAUGCUGCGAUUGUUGGGUUCAUGGGUGGCGCCGCUGUCACCAUCGCCCUUCAACAGCUGAAAGGUCUUCUCGGCAUAAAAAACUUCACCAAGAAAACUGAUAUCAUUUCAGUGAUGCGCUCAGUUUGGAGUAAUUUGCAGCAUGGGUGGAAUUGGCAGACUAUACUGAUAGGGGUAUCAUUUUUGGCGUUCCUAUUAGCUACCAAAUAUAUCGGCAAGAAGCAUAAGAAACUGUUUUGGAUACCUGCCAUUGCGCCCUUGACAUCGGUGAUACUCUCAACUUUUUUUGUGUAUAUCACUCGAGCUGAUAAAGAUGGAGUUCAGAUUGUAAAACACAUAGACAAAGGAAUAAAUCCACCAUCCCUUGAUAAGAUCUUCUUCCAUGGAGACAAUCUCACCAAAGGUUUCAAAAUUGGAGUGGUUGCUGGUUUGAUUGCCCUAACGGAAGCUGUGGCCAUUGCAAGAACAUUCGCAGACUUAAAGGACUACGAGAUCAAUGGUAACAAAGAAAUGAUGGCUCUUGGCACCAUGAACAUUGCUGGCUCCAUGACUUCUUGCUAUGUAGCCACAGGAUCAUUCUCCCGGUCGGCCGUGAACUACAUGGCUGGCUGCAGCACACCGAUGUCGAACAUCGUCAUGGCAUGUGUCGUUCUCUUGACCUUAGAGCUCAUCACACCCCUUUUCAAGUAUACCCCUAAUGCCAUUCUCGCCUCCAUCAUCAUUUGCGCCGUGAUUGGGCUCAUCGACAUCGAUGCUGUGAUGUUGCUAUGGAAGAUCGACAAAUUCGACUUCAUUGCUUGCAUGGGAGCUUUCUUUGGCGUCGUCUUUGAUUCGGUCGAGAUUGGUCUUCUCAUUGCUGUGAGUUUGUCGCUGUUUAAAAUUCUAUUGCAAGUGACGAGACCUCGCAUUGCUUUGCUUGGGAAGCUCCCAAAGAUUGCCAUUUUUAGAAACAUUUUGCAAUACCCUGGGGCAAAGAGGAUUGAUGGAAUCCUCAUGGUUAGGGUUGAUUCUUCUAUAUACUUCUCCAAUGCCAACUAUGUCAAAGAAAGGAUACUGAGAUGGCUAGCAGAUGAAACAGAGAAGCUCAAAGACCAAUCUCUCCCCAUCAAAGUCGUUGUCAUCGACAUGUCUCCGGUAUCCGAUAUCGACACGAGCGGCAUCCAUGCGAUCGAGGGAUUGUACUCUCAUUUGCAGAAGAAGGAAAUUGAGCUUGCACUUGCAAAUCCAGGUCCAGUGAUAAUGGAGAAGCUCUUAGCUGCAAACUUCGACAAGCUCAUUGGAGAAGAAAACAUUUUCCUUAGUGUCAACGAAGCUAUUAAGACUUAUGCCCCAAAUGCGGCUCUUGAUCCUUAACUACCACGAACUGUGUAGUGUUUUUAUUGUCUGUUCUUCCUUGUAUUAUAUAGUUUUGAUCAGCUGUUUACAAAUUACAUAUGAUGUUUUCUUGUUUUGUUUUUCUUCUUUUUGCGUGUAUAUUUCCUUUUCGGUCACUUAAUUACGAGUUACUCGAUUUUGUUGUGAA